AUGGGUUUGAACUUUGAGCAAAAUUUUGAGGAACCUCCUAAUGAAGAAGCAAUGCGCUUCUAUCAAGAAUUAGAAGAGGCUAGUCGUCCACUUUGGUCCCUUUAUGGACUUAAGCAAGCAUCUCGCCAAUGGUAUGCAAGGCUUACUUCUGCUCUCCAAUUCAAGGGUUAUUCUCAUUCUAUGAAUGACUAUUCACUCUUUUUCAAGAAAACAAUCACUGGUGUGUGCAUUCUUGCUAUCUAUGUUGAUGAUAUCUUAGUAACAGGGGAUGAUCUUACUGAAUUAGCUGUUCUAAAGGUGUUUCUACAUUUAGAAUUUCAAAUUAAGGAUCUUGGACUUGCUCACUAUUUUCUUGGUAUGGAAUUACUCUACGAGAAACAAGGUUUGAUAGUGACACAGAGGAAGUUUACCUUUGACCUUAUCUCAGAAUUCCAUUGCCUCAACAAGAAACCUGUUUCUUCCCCAAUUGAACCUUCUACUAAACUUCAGGCAGAUGUUGGUGAACUUCUUACCGACCCAACCAUAUUUCGUCGACUUGUGGGUAAACUAAACUUCUUGACCCAUACUCGACCCGACCUCUCCUUUGCUGUUCAACACCUCAGUCAGUAUAUGCAAUCACCUCGACAACCUUAUCUUCAAGCAGCUAUUCACUGUGUCCGUUAUUUAAUUGGAAACCCAAGUCUUGGCUUAUUGUUUCGAUCUACUUCUACCUUUGAUCUUCAAGCUUAUUGCGACUCCGAUUGGGGUUCUUGUCCAGAAACUCAUCGAUCAAUUAGCGAAUUUUUCAUCAGUUUUGGGGGUACUCCUAUCUCGUGGAAAUCAAAGAAGCAACCUUUGAUUUCACUUUCCUCGGCAGAGGCUGAAUAUCGUUCAAUGCGUCGAGUUGUUGCUGAGAUUACUUGGUUAGUUCGAUUGUUGACUGAUCUCACCGUUUCCCCUUCUCUUCAUGUACCUCUUUACUCAGAUUCUUAG